AUGGCUCCCAAGAAGAAGAACAAGGGCCGCGGCCAUCGCUCCAAGACUCCGGCCCAGACCUCGGCGUCCGAUCCCAAACCCACCGCGACCUCUCCUUCUACCUCCGCUCCCACCGGCGGCGCCACCACCACCUCCCUUGUUCCAUCCUCCGCCUUCCCUUCUGCCCCACCAACCACCACCACCACCACCCAGCUUAUCCCGUCGGCACCGCCUCAACCCACCUCCCUUCUUCCAUCCUCCGUCUCAAAGAUCACCACCACCCAGCCUCUCCCCUCGGCCCAGCCCCUACCCAUCCAAGAAACCCAUCAAGAGCGCACUUCUUGCAUCUCGGACGGCGCCACCACCAGCACCGACCUCGCCGGCCCAUCGACUGCACCCUCUGCGUCGUUGGCGAACGCGAAAACUCUGACACUCUUGUCCAUCGCGGAUGACCUCAUGAGUGUCCUCGCUCCGAGGGUCGCUGUGCAAAGUGUGAAGAAAGAGGACCCGCUUCUCGACGAUUUGAAGUCGGUGCUCGGGUCUUUGCAGGGGUUGGCGAAUAAAAUGAAGCGCGAGGUGGAGCUGAAGAUGGCGUCGGAGCCUUUGGCUAGCAUGGAGGUGCUAAUUGAAAGAGCGCUCGGGUUGGCGGAGAAUCUGUGCACGGAGAGAAGGAAUGGGGAUGGAAGCGGUGGUUCUUGUGGGGGUUCCGAGGGGGAAGGUAGCGGCCCGGACAGCGGCAGCGGUGAGGGUGAUGGCGAAGGUGGUGGAGUUAGUGUUUGA